CUUCCAGUUUAGUAUUAUAAUAAUAGUUAAGAUGACAAAAUAUACUUAUACUAUCAGGUGGCCUACCGUUGAUGCUCAUAUCAAGUCCAUCCAGAUCACGGGUACUUUUGAUAAUUGGUCCAGAUCAAUUCCCGCAAAAACUGAUUUCACUCAGGGGUAUUCCCAAGAAAUUAUCACUAAUGAAAAACAAAACAUUGUUUUCAAAUUUGUUCUUAAUGACAAUGAUUGGAUCACUAAUGAUCAAUUCAAGAUUCAAUAUGAUGAAAGUGGUAAUUCCAACAAUGUUAUUGAAGCUGAUGAAUUGAUUGAAGUUGAUGCUCCAAUUACUGAUGCUACUGUCAAAUCUGAAGAAUUAAAUAGCAAGGAUGUUGAAGAAGAAAUUGUUGACAAUAAGCAUAUUGCUGAAACUGCUAGAGAUAUUCCUCAAGAAAUUGCUGCUCCAGAAGAAAUUGAAGAACUCGUUGAAGUUCCUGAUGUUGAAGAUGAAGAACCAGUUGAGAAUAUCAAGAAAGAAGUUGCUGCUCCAAUUGAACAAUUUGAGGAAGAUACGCACUAUAGUCCUGAAAACGAAAUUAAUUCCAGUGCUGUUCUUGUUUCUGAAGAAGAUCCUGUUCAUGUUGAAGUUCCUGAACAUUCAAUUCAAUCUCCUUCAAAGUCAAUCAUUACUUCUGAAGAUGAAAUUAUUUCUGAUAUUGAUGAGAAAUCUUCAUCUCCAAUUUCUACCCAACCGGUUCACGCUCAACAGCAAUCCUUAUCUCAAGUUUUGACUUCAUCUUCUUCAUUUGCUGCAGUUUCUUUGCCUCCUUCCCUGUCUGAACAAGACUACGAACACCUUAAAGGUGAAGAUGCCGAUGCUGAAGAAGAUUUCGAUACCCCAACUAACUCCUUGGGUAAUUCAAGUGCUGAUAAACAAAAUGAUGAAUUCACUUUAUCCUCUAAUCAAGCUACUACUGCUGCUACCGCUGCUUCAGAUAAACCUAUCAAGCCAGUGUUGUUAUCACAACCAUCUGAAUCUACAAUUGAAAUGACUAAAGAAAAUAUCAUGAAGAUUCCAGGUGGAUAUCCAGCCAGUCCAGAACCAAAGGCUACUGCUGCUGCUGCUGCUGCUGCUGCUUCUCCAAAGAAAGAAGCUGGAAGUAGAAGAGAGAAUCUUAUUUCCAGAUUCAAGAGUUUAUUUAGAUAGGGCGUUGAUGUUGCAAUGUUGCAUAUUUAUUCCCUUUUUUUUGUGAGUUUAUUUGAACAUCAAUUUUGCCAUUUUACUUGUGUUUUUAUGUAUAGAAUUUUAAAGGUAAUUUGGCAGUCUUUGUUCUUGCUCCCCAGUGUGUAUUAGUUUAGUAUUUCUUGUUUUUCAUGGAUCUGUUUAUGGCUCCAACUUUCAUUAUUUAAUAUAUUAAGUUAUUGUUAC